GCACACAGUUGCUGUUAACAUGAUUUCAAUUAAGUUUCUCAUCUCCUUGAAAGUAUCUCUGGUUUUAGGAGCUGAUUGGUUUGGCACCUAGCCAGUGCAAAGCCGGUUCAUCGGAAGUUAGCGAGAAGGUUAAUUUCGAAGCUAGGUCUCAAACUCCUUCCUGCUAACUACAUAAAAACAUAACGUGGAAUGUGUACUUUACAAUUUUUGAAAAUAUACUUUUGAAACGUUGAAGGGUGUUGGUGAUGUCAGUGGACAGUACGAUCACUUGAGGAUAAAGUUAGCGUUUCCCUUUUCUCCUCCUGUCCUGGCGUCCACGGUUGCUCCGGCCCUGGCAGCGAUGGCCGACUCUACAGUGGUCAGCGACCAGCAGCCGCCCGGGUCCGGUCAGACUACUCCUUCCAGAGGACCGUACAUCACGGUGAUCACAAACAGAAACGCCAAUCUGGGGAUCCGCGGGUUCAUGCUGUUCUCUAUAGGAGUGUUCUUGGCUUUGGUGCUCAAUCUGCUGCAGGUACAGAGGAACGUCACUCUGUUCCCCCCUGAUGUCAUCAGUAGCAUCUUCUCAUCAGCCUGGUGGGUGCCGCCCUGCUGUGGAACCGCCUCGGCAAUGAUCGGUCUGUUGUAUCCAUGCAUUGACAGUAGGCUCGGCGAGCCCCACAAGUUCAAGCGGGAGUGGUCCAGUGUGAUGCGCUGUGUGGCCGUGUUCGUUGGCAUCAACCAUGCCAGCGCUAAAGUGGACUUUGCGAACAACGUGCAGCUGUCCCUGACGCUGGCGGCCCUGUCCAUCGGCCUGUGGUGGACAUUUGACCGGUCUCGCUCCGGCUUUGGCCUGGGGGUGGUCAUCGCCCUGCUGGCCACUCUGUCCACUCAGCUCCUGGUCUACAACGGAGUCUUUCAGUAUACCUCUCCAGAUUUCCUGUACAUUCGCUCCUGGUUGCCUUGCAUCUUCUUCGCUGGUGUGAUAACCAUGGGGAACAUAGGACGGCAGCUAGCCCUGAAGUCUUGUAACAUUGAACCAGGAAGGACCUCCGCAUUAGACCAACCCUUUGUGUGAACCACGGAUACCAUGGCCUAGCUAGCUGAUUCAGAACAGGGACGGAACUAGACCAACCGUGGCUGCUACUGCUGCAUAGGUAACAGAUAUUCCUACUGCAAAUAAUUCCUACCCUUCAGAACACACAUAUAACAAUCUGUUCCAGCUGCAGACGUACCAGUCUCUCUCACUGGAGUGUGUAAACGAUCUCAGAGCACAUGGUCUUUUCCUCCUCCGGUAAUGCCAGCCUUACACAGGCGGGUGCCUCCAGAUUGACAGGUAGCUCUUCUCUGCGACACUCGGCUUCUCAUAUACAGAGUUAAAGCCGUGAGCACGAGGUGCGGUGUGCAGCCUGUGUCUCCUGUGAGAUGCUCUCACUUUUUCUGACACCCCCGAUUAGAAGGCAAACCUGCGUGGAGAGAAUGCCUUUCUAACUGGCACAGUGUUUGUGUGUGUGUGGGUGUGUGUGUGUGUGUGCGUGCAUGCGUGGGUGUGUGUGGUGCUGUGAGGUGGAAACACAGCUCUUUUGUUAUGGGGUCCGUGGUGCAGGUUGGUUACAUGACUACCUGAGGAGGAACGAUGUACAGGCUGACAGGCAAACAGUGUUACUUCCUUUUCAGAGCUUCCUUUCGAAAUAGGAGUAAAUAACUGGGUGCCACACGAUGAAGCAUAUCUGAAGAUUUGUCCUAAAUAUACUGACACAUAAUACAUAGAAGUAUGACUGUCAGUCUGCUAUUGCGUCAAUGUAAUUACUCUAAUCACUUUUGUCCCUAUAAUAAUACAAAGAAAAGACACCUCCACGUCAUAGAUGCUUAGUGCUAAAUUCCAAACCGACCCCCAGCCCUUACACCCAUAGGCACUACUUUAGACCUGAAAGGAGUGGAUAGAAAUCAACAUUGUAGUAAUAGCAUCAUUUUACCUUCUGAUUGGCUUGGUAGAAAUGCCACCAUGCUGCUUCCACCUAUUUAAUCCUCCCAGAUCUAUGUUUGUUGGUGAAACAAUGAAAUGUUGUCACGAUCCAACCAUAUGAAUUGAGCUAAAUUAUAAUUUCACAAUGCAUGGUUAAAAAUCUUUCAUAAAUAUGACAACGCUAGGGAUGGGGGUAUAUGAGCAGGUGGGUCUGGGCAGAUGAGAUGUAGGAAUUGUUUGUGUGUCUGUAAAUUGUCGUUCGUAUAUAUACGUUUUGUUCUUGGAAUGUAAAAAAAUAUAUAUAUUAUAUAAAAAUGAAAUGUAACACAGACAAUGUACCCACUGUAUGUUAAUGUUGCAGCUCCAAAUGUCUACAUCAUUCUAGUGUAAUAUCUAAAUGUAUUCUCUGCACACAUAUAGGACACAUGGCACAAUAAGCACAUGAUCAUAACCUAGAAUACAUUUGAUGACUUUU